CAACCCAAGAGAUAUGUAACGAAAUUAAUAGAAUACGUGAAACGUCCAAAACUGAAAAUGAGCGGGAAACAUUUCAAACUGAAAAUGAAAGAAAUGAAAGAGCUAUAUUGGAUCUUAGUGAUGAAGUUAAUGAAAUACAUGAAGCUGAUAUAUUUCAAAUUGAUCAAAAACAAGCAAGCGAAGAUCGUUCUCUCAAUUCAAUCUUUGAUGAAAUAGCCUCAAAGAUUGAUAUAUGCAAAGGUACUGUUCGUAAUUUUUAUAAACGUAAGACAAAAAAUCCGCAACAAAAAACAAAGGAUGAAAUUAGAAAAUGGGUUAAUGAAGAAGGAGGAAAUCAUAGUAAUUUAAACAAUC